CUUCAUUCAAACUUCUCCUCCUUAGUUUAAGAUACAGAAAGUUCAAAAACUCGAUCGCUUUAUAAUUACCAUUAUAAUAACGAGUAAAAUAUUAAUAGGAACAAGCUCACGGUUUCCAGACGCAUUCAUGUCCCACAACUAAUCAGUGAGUUGGUCACCCUACUGCGCACGAGUGGCGCGAGCGCGUUUUGACGAAAAAUCUGUGCAUAUAAACAGACGCCGGCGCAACCAACGUGCACACAUCAAAUACACGGGAGCAUCGAUCGAUCGUCGAUCGAAAAUUUAAUCCAUACUUAUAAUAGUACAGUUCAGUGUUUCAGUGAUUUAAUUUGAUCAAAAUGAAGUUGGAAAACACCAUUACCGCUGAGAACAUAAACAGGAAUCUCUUGAAUGUGAACUAUGCCGUGCGGGGACCCAUCCUGGAUCGCGCCAUGCAGUUGGAAAGGGAAUUAGAGAAGGGCAUAGAGAAGCCGUUUGACCGCGUGGUGCGAGCGAACAUCGGCGACUGCCACGCCCUGGGGCAGCCUCCCAUCACCUUCAUAAGACAGGUGGUGGCACUGGCUGCCUGCCCAGAGCUGGCAUCCUCCCCCGACAUACCUGCUGACGUCAAAGAGCGUGUGCGAGAGAUACUGGGCGAUUGCACCCGCGGCUCAGUGGGCGCGUACUCUCCAUCUCUGGGCCUGCGUGUUGUACGCGACCGAGUCGCUUCGUACAUCCGAGCGCGUGACGGCGGCGUACCCGCCUCACCAGACGAUGUGGUCCUGGGCGCCGGCGCCUCUGACGUCAUCAAGACGGUGCUCACAUUGUUCGCGGGAGACCAGGGAGGGAAGCCACCAGCGGUGAUGAUCCCCAUCCCGCAGUACCCGCUGUUCUCGGGCACGCUGGCGGAGCUGGGCAUCACUAUGGCGGAGUACUACCUGGAUGAAGAGCACGAGUGGGCUCUGUCCAGGUUUGAGCUGGAACGCAGCUGGAGAGAAGCCAGUGAGCAGUGUGCUGUGCGAGCGCUCGUAGUCAUUAACCCAGGGAACCCUACUGGACAGGUGUUGAGCCGUGAAAAUAUGGAAGAGAUAAUAAAGUUCGCUUACGAGCGCGGAUUAUUCCUGCUCGCUGACGAGGUUUACCAGGAGAACAUUGUUUCCAAGCCCUUCUAUUCCUUCAAAAGGGUGAUGCACGAGAUGGGCGCGCCGUAUAAUCGCAUGGAGCUGGCGAGCUUCGUGACAUGCUCGAAGGGGUGGGCGGCGGAGUGCGGGCUGCGCUCCGGCUACGUGGAACUAGUACGGCUGCAGGCGCGCGUGCGGGCCGCGCUACAAGCCGCGCGCGGGGUCAUGCAGUGCCCUACUGUGCUGGGGCAGUGCGUGCUGGACUGCGUGAUGAAACCGCCAGCGCCGGGUGAGCCAUCCUACCCUCAGUUCGCCGCAGAAGUGUCGGAAGUUCAGCGAACGCUACGUGAGCGCACUGCAGACGCGUAUCACACUUUCAACCAGAUCCCGGGAUACUCGUGCAACCCUAUUGACGGCUCUAUGUUUGCGUUUCCUCGCGUGGAAAUACCUGAGCGCGCACAACAAGCGGCGCGAGAACUGAACAUGGCGCCUGAUGAUUUCUAUUGUCUGCGACUGCUGGAGGAAACCGGUGUAUGCGUGGUCCCGGGCAGCGGGUUCGGCCAGCGCCCCGGCACGUUCCACUUCCGCACCACGAUCCUGCACACGCGCGACGAGUUCCGCCACAUGCUGCUCUCCUUCGCGCGCUUCCACCGCGCCUUCUUGCAGCAGUACGGUGAUGAACGAGCAAUGACCGUAGACAUGUAGCUUACUUAGACGACCUCAUAGUUUAUUGUUUUUAGUUUUAAGUCCUAGAUUAAAGUUUGUAUGUGAAUGGAUAAAGGAAAGAUAUGAGUGUCAAGCUUCAGGCAAAUUCUAUUACCGCACGACAUCCUGUACAGGCGAGAUUAAUUCUGCCACAUGCUGUGCUCCAUUCCACAUUUAUACCACGCCUUCAUGCAGCAAUUCCACAGAAUAAAUAGUAGUACAAAAUACGGCGAUCCACGAGCAAUCAUUGAAGACUGGCAGUUUACCUAGAUGGCAUCAUAAUUUAUUGUUUUUAGAUGUAAGCCAUGGAUUAAAUUCGAUGUGCAUUAUAGCUCAUACUAUUUUAUUGUUUAAGUUAUAAAUCAUAGAUUAAAGUUUGGGUCUGAAUUCAUUUAGGGAAUCAGUGUCAAGUUUCAGUCAGGGUAGCUACACACAAUCGAGCCGGCAUAGUCGGUUCGGCAGUAAUUACUGCCGAACAUUCAUCUACACAUAUUUGAUUUUACCGCCCGGUUAUGGCGAUUAAUGCUGGCCCGAUUAUGUGAGUAGCUACCCUUACAAACUUAUGUCCAAUAAUAUGCAAAAGUUACCUAUGAGUAAUCUGAAUCAUAAUCGUAUAAGGCUUAUAAACCUUUGGCGACAUCCACAAGUUCUAAUAACAGAAUUGAAUUUACUGAAAUACUAAAUAUUUGUGUGUGGAAUACACAAUUAUGAUUUUAGAGAAUUUUUUAGAAUACUUUUGUUAAAACUAAUAAGCUUUAGAAACAGCUGCAAAUAAAUUGUAUAAAAGACAAAUACAUGCAUUUGAUAUGCAUGAGCAAAAGUAACUAGAGAUUACGUAGCUCUAAAAAUCCUGUUAUU